CAGACGGGGAGGGGAAGGGAGGGGAAGCAACAGAGAGGCACAUCCACCUCAAACACUGAACAGAAAAAAAGUCUCAAACAGGGAAAGAGUGUUAAAGCAGGAGGAAAAAUGGGACAGGGACAGAAACGUUCCUCUGACAACAAACAGAGCCACAAGAAUAGAGAUGCCAGCCCAGCACCAGAGGACGGUAAAAGGUGCAGAGUCUGUCGUUUCCCUCUGCUCGUCGCCCUGCUGCAGCUGCUGCUAGGAGUGGCUGUCACAGCCGUGGCCUUCCUCAUGUUGGCCAUCAGCUCCUCACUCAUAGCCCGGGAGACUCCACACUGGGCUGGGAUCACUCUUUGUUUAGUUUCUGUCGUUGGGUUCGUCCUCUACUUCAUCACCUACCAGCCAGAUGAGAGAACAUCUAUGCAGUUUAUUGUCAAGCUGCUGUACUUUGUCCUGUGCACCAUCGGCCUGGUCAUCUCAUUGCUGGUUGUGGCGUUUGCUGGACACCACCAUUCCCAGGCCAGCAGCUUCAACUGCCAAAAUGCGGGAGUGGACUGUGUGUGUGUGCUGGAUCAAAGUGACCCGAUAGCCCGCACCUUUAACUACCAAGGGGCCGGCGAUUGCGAGGCGAUCACCAGCACACUGACCUUUUACUUCCUGCUCCAGAUCCUGCUGAACCUCGCCCAGGCGCUGGUCUGUGCCACCGGAGCCUUCAUCAUGUGGAAGGAUCGCUACCAAGUCUUCUUUGCCGGGAUACAGAUCCGAUCUCCCUCCACCCAGCAGUGGCAAAAAGUUUAACCCACUGAGAAUGACUAUAGUCAGUCAGAGUAAAACAAGAACCCUGAUUUCUAUAGUGUUAGACUCUCCAGAACAGGGACUUUUUUGUGUGUGCCUUAGUGUGUACCUCCUUUAAAAACUCUUUUACAGACAGGUGGCAAAUUAGAGGAAUAAUGCUGAAAUGUGAUGCUGCCUCUGAACAGUGUGCAGGACCUUAAAAGUAAGAAAACCAGGAUAUUUUAUACACCUACUCCUCAUUGCAGCAAAAAAUCUAUUAAGUAUUCGCAGCCAACAGGGGAUAUGGUGUCACCUCAGCUGGUUGAGGUUACAUUAAUAUCAGAGUUUCAGUGUUGUCUUCUACCACACAUUG